GGGUCAAGAACACGACCUUUCUCUCUCUCUCUCUCUCUCUGCUUCGUUUUACGAGACCUCUGAACCCUCCCAUUUGAUUGUGCUUUUUCCUCUGCUUUCUCUCUCUACAGCGCCAAGCCCUGCAACUAUUUUUAAUGGCGAUUUUCUCUCUCCUCCAUCACCGUGCUUCUCCAAAUAUCGGACUUUCUCUCUCAAGACUUCUCGCCCGCCUUAGAUAAAAAGGCCCGGCAAGUCUCCAAUUCCCCUUUAUUGCUCUCUCCGAGCCGCCCCAGAGUUUCGUAAUCAUCUGAGAAACAUGAAGACUGGUUUCCCAAAGGAAUAAUUCUGCAAGUAUAAUGGCAACUGAGAAUCCAAUGAUAUUGGUGGGAAGUGGCAGAGAGAAAAAAUGGCUUCCUAAUAAGGACACUUCAUUGGCUACUUCCCCUCCGAACAGUCUAGCAGCCCAAGAGUUGGGUUUGGUCUUGAAAGGUAAUCGAUACCCUGGAAAUGGGAAGGAUGAUGUCCCAAAUCGAAGUGGAAGUGCACCUCCAAGUAUGGAAGGUUCAUUUGCAGCAAUUGGAAGCCUCUGGCAUUCACAAAGUUCUAAUACAGAGGUGGGCUGGGGUGCUUCCAACGAUGCACUCCAAAACUAUGAUUCAGAGGAGCAACUUCGAUCCAAUCCUGCUUACUCAGAUUACUAUGCCUCCAAUAUUAAUCUUAAUCCAAGGCUUCCUCCACCUCUUAUGUCGGGGGAUAAAAGGCGGCUUGCUCACCAUCUUGGUGGUUUUAGAGAUAAUAGGAGAUUGAUGUCUUUUGAUGAUAGUAGUAACGUGUCACUACGUAAUUCUCGUGGAGUACUUCCUACCCAUGAAGAAGAAUCUGAAGAGGAUAGAUCGCCUGUUGGGAACCUGGUUCGACAGAUACCAAGUGAUUGGACAGGAAGCAGUAGCGAGUUUUUCUCAGAACAAUAUGUGAAUUCAUUAGGUGCUCGCCAUAAAAGUCUGGUAGACUUGAUUCAGGAAGAUUUUCCUCGUACCCCGUCACCUGUUUACAAUCAAUCCCGUUCAGCUAAUGAGGAAGGUUCACCUUCUCUUGGUGCACAUGCUGUUGGUUCUGCACCGAGUAGUGAACCUUCCCCAUCUCCUGAUAUCACGGUUAUGACUUCCCAAGCAGGGCUUCAAGGGGAUUCAACAAGUGAAUUUACUGGUUUAGUCAGUGAAUUAAGCACUGGAAGUGCUCAUUUUGAAGAUGCUCCCUUGGUUUGUUCUAGGGCUGAUUCUGAUGUCACUGGCAUGGAAGCUGCACUCAAAGGGCUCAAUCUAUCUGAGACCCACAAAACCGAGAACCUUAAAAGGCAUCAAGAGAGGCGACAGCCUCAACAGAGCAAUUUGCAGCAACGUCGCAUGCAUCAGCAGCGAACCCAUGCUCCCAUAUCGCAAGGCCAAGCUACACCAUUGCCACCACUCUCCCAAGGAUUGCACAGGCAGUUCAGUGGUUUUGAUCAGUCUUUCCAAGGCCAGACCAAUUUCUCCUCUCCCAAUAUGGCACCCACAGUUGAGGUCCAGCCCGUUGUUCAAUCUGGUGGGGUUACUCCUCAUUUGUAUGCAGCUGCAUCAGCUUAUAUGGCAUCUGGAAAUCCCUUGUAUCACAACUUACAGCCAAGUAUAUAUGCUCCCCAAUAUGGUCUCGGUGCAUAUGCUUUUAAUGCUGCUCUUAUACCUCCAGUUAUGGCUGGAUAUCCUUCUCAUGGUGCUAUUCCUAUGGCCUUCGAUAAUUCUGGAAGUACAACCUUUAAUGUUCCCUCUGCUAGUGCAUCGACUGGUGGAAAUGGGUCACCUGGAUCUGAUAUAUACAAGUUUAAUGGACCGCUUGGUGUAGCUUUGCCAUCCUCUUUUCCCGAUCCUCAUUAUAUGCACUAUUUACAACAUCCUUCUGAGGAUGCUUAUAGUUUUGGAGCUCAGUAUGAUCCUAAUGUUGGUAGAGGAGGUGGUUUUGGAAGCCAAAGAGAUGUCUUUGAAUCUCAAAGUCAAAAAUCCCAGUUUCUAAGAAGUGGAGCCCUUGGUGGUGCCAUGAGCCCAAGAAAAGGGGGCUUCUCCAGUCCAAGUUAUUAUGGAAGUCCACCAAACAUGAGCCUCUUAAUGCACUAUCCAACAUCCCCCCUUGCAAGUCCUGUAUAUCCAGGUUCACCAAUGGCUGUGACGAGCAUUCCAGGAAGGAGCAAUGAGAAUUUCAGGUUUCCAUUGGGCACUAACAGAACUGCAGGAUCAUAUUCUGGAUGGCAAGGGUCCCGAAUCAAUGAAAAGCUUGAUGACCAAAAGGCUUUUUCUUUUCUUGAAGAGCUAAAAUCCAGUAAAGCUCGCAGAGAGUUACCUGAAAUUACUGGGCAUAUUGUUGAGUUCAGUGCUGAUCAACAUGGGAGUCGGUUUAUUCAACAGAAAUUAGAAACCUGCAGUCCUGAGGAAAAGGAGUCUGUCUUUCAAGAGGUCCUUCCACAUGCUUCGUCAUUAAUGACAGAUGUGUUUGGAAACUAUGUUAUUCAAAAGUUUUUUGAGCAUGGGAGCUCUGAGCAAAGGAGAAAACUUGCAGACCAGCUUGUAGGCCAGGUUCUUACAUUGAGUCUUCAGAUGUAUGGUUGUCGUGUUAUUCAAAAGGCCCUCGAAGUAGUUGAUCUGGACCAGAAAACUCAGCUUGUCCAAGAACUCGAUGGGCAUGUUAUUCGAUGUGUGCGUGACCAAAAUGGAAACCAUGUGAUUCAGAAAUGCAUUGAAUGUGUGCCCACAGAGAAAAUCGAGUUCAUUAUAUCAGCUUUUCGAGGUCAAGUUGUAACUCUUUCAACACAUCCUUACGGUUGCCGUGUUAUCCAGAGAGUUCUGGAGCACUGUACAAAUGAACAGCAAACUCAGUGUAUAGUGGAUGAGAUUCUGGAGUCUGUUUGUGUGCUUGCACAUGAUCAAUAUGGCAACUAUGUUACCCAGCAUGUAUUAGAGAAGGGUACACCUCAUGAAAGAAGUCAAAUUAUUAGCAAAUUGAACGGGCAGGUCGUACAGAUGAGCCAACAUAAGUUUGCAUCCAAUGUCAUCGAGAAAUGUUUGGAAUACAGUGAUCCUGCAGAACGUGACCAUUUAAUUGAUGAAAUAGUUGGACAUACUGAGGGAAAUGAUAAUUUACUGAUAAUGAUGAAGGAUCAAUUUGCGAACUAUGUGGUCCAAAAGAUACUUGAAACAUGCAAUGAUCAACAACGAGAAAUACUGCUUGAUCGUAUUAGAGUUCAUUUGAAUGCUUUGAAGAAGUACACUUAUGGGAAACACAUCGUUGCUCGGGUAGAGAAACUUCUAUAUGUUGGAGAAUCCCAUGGUUUGGAAGCAUAAACAGGGACCGGAAAUUUUUUCUCGUUAUGGCCGAGUUAAUAUUUCGGCAAGGCAAAUGCUUCAAGCAGUAAGAAAUUAACUCUUAUACCUUGUUGAACAAAGCAGCAAAAUAUUGCGAGGCCUGUUAUUGGAGAGUUAUUGGAGAUGCAUGGAGGCCUCUUUUUUUACUUAUAAAUUGUACAGGUUCGUAUUUCAUUUGUACUUAGUUUUCAUCUGUAAAGCUAGGAAUUUGUUAUUUGUGUUUCUUCUAUAUGUUAUAUUGUUCUGUACAGGCUUAAAAGUCUCUAUGCUCAGGUGUAUAGUGUGCAUAGUAUAUUACAAAGUCAUUUAAGUCAGCCAUUGGACCACGCUAGAUUUAGAUUGGUGACAAAUACUUGUUCUUCUUUCUUGUUAAGAGUGAUAAAAUUGGAAAGAUUUGCUUCUCAUCUACUAAA